AUGAGGACGCCUUACCUGACCCUAUUGGCUUUAAUGGCCUGCUUCUCAUCAGGUGGGACACAAGAGACAAAUAAGCCAAAAAACAGAGCAUUACCAAAUUCAUUUUCUCGAGGCCCAGCUUCACUUCAGCAUGCACCUUCUUCAGUUAAAACUGGUCGGAUUCAAAUCAAAUCAAAUCCAUUUGCCCAACAAAGAUCUCCCAAGCCCAAGCCCAAACGGAAGCCCAUUGGACAUCAACCUCUUCCAGUUUCACAGCAGCCUGAAUCCCCACAGCCAUCCUCAUCUGUCACCAAAUUUCCCAUCCACAAACCUGAAACCACUGCCACAAAUCCAACUGCACCCACUCCCUCAAAUAUCGUGACAUCUGCUAGUACUGUGUCUGCUGUAAGGUCCACAACUAAGGCUACCACUAGCUUAUCUAAUGUUCUUACCACAGAGGAGAUUUCUACUAGCUUACCUGCUGUUACCACCUCGGCCUCCAAGGAAACACCUGAAAAUACGACAUUUGAUGCUUUAAUCGCACCAGCUUCCACACCUGCUUCCACCGAGUAUUUUACCUCUAUACCCACAUCCUCUUCUUCAGGAACCAAAUCUGUAGAAAGGGCCACAGCAUCCGUGGUCGCUACUGAGGUCAAGACAACUGAAGUCACUACUUCUACUCCCGCCGCGUCCACAGUGACCACCACUGACUCACUCCCUACCACGAUCACUACACCUGCCCCCACUAGCCAGUCCUCAGCUUCGGCUCUGUCUGCCGCUACCACCACUGCACUUGUAGCCACUACCCAAUUCGACUCAGCCUCCCCAUCCAGUACAGAAGCGGUCACUUCUGACAACACUGCAAAUCACGAUUUAUCGUAUUCUAUAAUCUUUGAUUAUUUUGAACCUGAAACAACCACGUUUUCAACACCUAUGUCUACUACCUCUACAAUAAGCCCUACUGCAGGAACAUCAGCGGUCAGUACCACAUCAUCACUCACUGGUACUGAUUCUACUGCUGUAACUACCGAAAACGCUAUCAAGAACACUUCUGCUGCUCUUGCCACCACAUCAACUGUCAUUCCCACAACUGCUCUGUUGACCACACCUGCAGCCUCCACUACUGCCACCACCAGCACCCCUCCAGCCACAUCAGCUCCCAUUGCGUCAACAAGCACGACUGCUUCUGGCACCACUUCAACCGUUGCCCCCAGCACGUCUGCCUCUUCUACACCUCAUACCACCUUCUCUGAAACCACAACUGGCACUCCAGCCAGCACAUUAAACACAACUGAUGACACCAUGACAAUUAUAUCUACAGUUUAUGACACUACUAUAGUUUAUGACACUACAUUCGAUUAUGAUGCUACCACAGGAGAUUAUACGAGUAGAACCCAAGAGAAACAAAACAGGCUGAAAAACAGGAGACAUGUGAAUUCACCUCCACGAGCAUCAUCUUCACUUCAGCAUGGAACUUCCUCAUCGAGGAGUCAGAUUCCCACUCAGCUAAAGCCAUCUUCUCAACAAGGAUCUAGAGGCCAUCAGGCCCGUUUAAAUCCCUCUGGCCCAAAGAAAUCUGCAAACAUAAAAUCUAGUCAAAGCUCUACUGUACAACAAAGUAGACAACGACCCCCAAAUUAUCUGUAUUUACCAGUUAAACCAAGAUCUAGCACUACCAGAACUGAUGCAAGUAAAAAUGAUCAGAAGUCAAUUAGAAGUAGUAAAUCCCUCACAGGUAACUACAUUAGUCCAAAAUUAGAUCAAUCCAAAUUUCCUUCCUCUCAAAAGGACAUUAAACCCAAAAGUAAACCAAACUUAAGGAAGCCAAAAAUAUCUAGCCAAUCAAAAUCUCAGUCAAAAACAUCUGAACAAAAUAAAUCGAGAAAAGAUCAGCAUGUUAUUAAGAGAAAUUACCUAAAUAGGACUACAAAACAAACAUUAGGUACACAGAAAUCAUCUGCUAAAUCAAAACUUCAAAGAAAAAAAACCAUAAAGCAACAAGCCAAUAGUCAAAUAAAAACUCCCACACAAAAACAAGCUAACCAAAAACGAAAUAAUUUUAAUAAUUCUCAAACAAAACAAACUCCAUUAUCAAAGGUUAAGGUAAAAUCUGGUGGACAAAACAAAACUAAAGAGAAAAAACAACAAACAAGUAAGCUGAGAUCUAAAAAUUCCAGGCCUAGCAAUCUUCGUUUUGGCCAAUCAAAACUGAAUCAGGUAUCUCUUGCACAAAAAAGAGGCCACCAACACCAAAAUAAUACAAAAAUUUCCAAAACCCAUUCAGUUAGAACACCUAAAAAAUUACCAAAGAAAUCUAAGUCUCCCACAAGUACUGUUAGUCAACAGAAGGCAAGCCAAACCAAAACAUCUUCAUCUUCAAACCCUAAAAAAAAUGAUCUCCAACAAGCAAAGCCACAGAUAUUACGCCAGCAGAAAAUAUCCGGCCAACCAAAACUUAAGAACACAAUUACUAAACAGCAACCACAUCAAGUAAAAAAAGUUAUAAAAAAGAGGAGACGCUCUAAACCAAAAACAGAAGGAAAUGAACAAAAAAGAUCAGUGAUAGCCAAGCGUGGACCUCACCCAUCUGGUCAACCAAAUCCUCAGCAAAGAUCUUCUGCACCACAGAGUAGCCAACAAAUCCAAAGCCCCAAAAAUCCAACAGUUUACAAAAAACCUAGGACAAGCAAGUUUCGCCAAAGUAAAACUGCUAAAAAAUCUCCAAGGAAAUCUCAAACCCAGUCUAGUUCCAAUGUUCAGCAGAACCUAAAACAGUCCAAGCUAUCUUCAACUAGUAAAAGAAAUGGCAAACGCCGAGUUAAACUGCGACAAAUAGCUGAUCAAUCCAAACUUCAUAAAAAUAUUACUGUUAGGCAACAAUCGAGUCAAACAAAAUCUCUAGUACAAAAGCAAACUAACCAGAUCAAAGGAAAAACUGUGAAAAAGAUUCAAAGAACAUCUAAGCCUCACUUAAGAAGGAAAGUUCAACAAAAUCCAAAAAGACCCACUCCACCUGCAGUUUUAAUUGGUAGGAGAAAUGGUCAGCCCCAAACUAAGCCACAACCAUUAGGUCCACGGAAAACAUCUAUCCUAUCAAAACCUCAUAAUAAUACAACCAAAAAACAGCAAGUCAGUCAAACAAAGACUCCCACACAAAAACAAAUUAGCCGAAGGAAAUACCAUCUAAAUCCUACUAAAAAAUCUGCGAAGUCAGUACCCACUGCAAAUAGACCAAACAAAACCAAAAAAGGAAUAGAGCAACCUGGUAAACAGAGAACUGUGCAUAGAUAUCACCCAUCUGGUAAAUCAAGACCUCUUCAAAAAUCUCCUGAGCAACAAAACUCCCACCAACGCCCAAGUCCUAGGGAUUCACCAGCUCCUAAAAAACGUAGAAUUGUGAAAUAUCAUCCAGGCAAAACCACUAAAAAUUUAACAAGGAAACCUAAACCUCAUUUUGGCACCAAAUUUCAACAAAAACCAAAAGCACCCAAACUACCUUCAAUUCCAAAUGGUCCAAGAAAAGGUCAACGUAAAACUAAGCCACAACCAUUAGCUCCAAAGAAAACACCUGGCCCAGCAAAACCUCAUAAAAAACCAACCAUAAAGCAACAAACAAGUCAAGCAAAGACUGGUCCAAAUGUUCCCAAACGUCAACAGACUGGGCCCUCAAAACCUCCUUUGAAUAAACCAAUAAGGAAACAAUCUAUCCAAAGAAAACCUAAGGCAAAAACAAGAAAACCAAAGAAAAUCAAAAGGGUAAGGCGUCCUAGUCUUCACAGACUUCCUCAGAAUCAUCCGCCUGGCCAACGAAAACCGGGAUCAAAGAUACCUUCACCCAGUCAUCCUGCUGUACAAAACCAAUUUGGUAAUCUACCUUAUCGCCGUCCACAUACACCUAUCUGGCGCCCUGAUUCACAAAAACCUUGUGUAAAGCAACCUGGUAAAAAGCAACCACCUUGCUCACGCAGACCUCUUAGAAAGCCAUCAUUGAGACCUAAACCUGGCUCUCAGCAUCAUCGUCCAGAGGUACGGCCUCCCAUACGUCCUGGGAAGUUGCCAACAAAUCCUACUCCAACAACCACUGAAACUUUAUCUUCAGGACCUUUGUCAUCGACCACUAAACCUUCUACAACCAUUAAAUCUGCAUCAACUACCAGAAAGCCCACCACAAGCUCAGUGGCUUCUACCAUCAAAUCUUCUUCCACAACUACAACCACAAAAUCCACUGUUUCUACCAAAUCUGUGGUUAAUACCCCUAAAUCCUCCACAACUCCAAAGGCUCCUACUACCAAAUCUUCCACCACUAAGAAACCUGCCACAACUAUAACUGCAGCCACUACCACAACCACGGCUGUGACCUCCACCACCAAAUCUACCACCGCUUUUAAACCUACUACCUUCACAACCAAAUCUACCUCAACUAUAAAACCUGUGAUUUCUACUACAAAAUUGACCACCUCUAUCAAGCCUCAAGUGCCUACCACCAAACUUCCUACCACUGUCAGUUCUGUAGCUGGCACCAGUUCAUCUGCCCCUGCAUCUCUCAAACCAACUGAAAUUACUAAUUUCUCUUACACGAUCCCUGUUACUACAAAAUCCACCCCAGUUUCCCAGUCUGUGGUGAAAACCACUGAAUCCUUUUCUACUACCACCGAAGUGGCUGAAUCUACCAGCUCAGUAUCCGUCACCACUAAAACAACUCCUGCUUCUACUUUCUCAACAAGUGUGACAAAAACUACAUCACCUAUCACCACAGAAGCAGCUUCCGAGUCUACACUAACCACCACUACACCCACGACUACCACCACAUCCACUGUCAGUCCAGUCAUCCUGUCUUCACUCACUGCUACAAAUCCAGCUGGAAGUACCCUAAAAGCUGUGGCUACUACAAAGACAUCAGCCAUAACCACAGCUCUUCUCUCUACAGCACCAGCAAGAAACACGCCUGCUACCACCACAGCUGCCUCAACCACCCCUGCUCCUGGGGCUGCCCCCAGCACAGUGCGUCUCUUUACCACAUCCGUCGCUUCAACCACUCCUGCUCCCUCUACUUCUCCCUCAACGACUUCUAUAUCCAUCACCAAAUCUGCUCUCUCUACCACAUCUGCUGCCACCACUACCACUGCCAUAGGCACUGAAGCUCCUCCUGCCACAGAACAGACUUCCAUUAGCACCUCUGCUGCCACUCCAUCUACCUCUACAUUUGCAGCGACAUCCAGCUCUACCUCUACUGCAUCAAAGGCCAGUAACGCUAACUCCGCCACUGUGGCCACAGCUACCGUGAAAAUAACUACUUCUCCUGCUACAACCGAGGAAGAUGCCACCACUUCUGCUGCCCUUAGCACAGCCGUAUCCACAGUGAUCGUCCCCAAAACCACCACAGAGCUUACUUCCUCCUCUACCGCCACCUCUGUGGGACUUUCUUUGACUACCAACGCAAACACCACAGCUUCGCUCACUGACACAGUGGACACGACCCUGGUCACUGAAGUUGACACGUCAACAUCUUACUCUAGCCCACUUGAUGACACUACAUUUGAUUAUGAAUUGGACACUACUGAGUUCACCUCUACUGCCUCCUAUACAUCACUUGCCACCACACAGUUCCCCACCUCCAUAGAUGUUCCCUCUGCUGCCACCAGUACAGCCCCGGCCACCUCAACCCUUUCUUCUUCCUCAGCCACCACCCAGUCUGUCUCCACUGCUCUCCCCACGGCCUCCACCCCUGCUGCCACCAGCACAGCCCCGGCCACCUCAACCCUUUCUUCUUCCUCAGCCACCGCACAGUCUGUCUCCACCGCUCUCCCCACAGCCUCCACCCCUGCUGCCGCCAGCACUUUAUCAGCUUCCUCCGCAUCUUCCAGCCCUUCCCAAGCCUCCAUCACAACAUCUCCUGCCCCGAGCUCACCAGUAGCCACUGUGACUACCAAGGAAACAACCAUAAAUCCUCUUUCCACCACUACGUCUGACUCCUCUGCUCCUUAUUCCAGUACUGAAGAAGACACCACAACUGCUCCCACUGACACCACACCAGACACACUGGCCACCACAGAUGACACGAUGACCUUGGACUCUAGCACGUUGGAUGACACUACCAUUGUCUAUGACGAGGACACUAGCACUGCUGCCUCUGUCACCACUUCAGAGCCCGAGCCCACCACUGAUGGUGCCUACAGCUCACCCGCUGCCACUACCACAGCUGCUCCAACCACCACUGCAUCUCUGGCCACAACGGCUGCUGAGGCCACUAAUAUAUCUGUUUCUUCCACCACACUUGGAGCAUCUCCAGCAGCAUCCACAAGUACAUCUGCGGCCACUAACACCCCUGCCGGGACCACAGAGGGUGCUUCCACAUCAACCUCUACCACAACCACCACAUCUGCCUCUGCCUCUACUUCCUCUGGCACCUCCCACACCUCACCUCCUGCCACAACCAUUUUUGCCUCAUCUAUUACAGCCAGGAUCUUAACGUCUUCUGCUGCCACCAGUACCUCAUUUGCUACCACGAAAACGUCUGCUCUCUCUUCCACCACUCCGCCUGAUGCCACCACACCUGUCUCCGCCACUCUCCCCACAGCCUCCUCCACAUCACCUACCACAGAACCUGUCACCUCCACAGCUGAGGUCUCCUCGUCCUCCAAUCCCACAAAUACUUCUGCCCCUCCCAGCUCGGCACCGACUGCCACUACCAUGGCUCCUCCCUCCAGCUCAUCUGUCGCAGCCACCAGCACAGCCCCGGCCACCUCAACCCUUUCUUCUUCCUCAGCCACCACCCAGUCCGUCUCCACCACAUCUGCUGCCACAUCUGUCCCUACCACAGCUACUCCUACAGCCACCACUGCCACAACAGAGGUAGCUGCCACCACAGCUAGUCUCUUUUCUACAUCAGCUGCCACUACAUUUUCCCCCACCACUGAGGAAUCUUCCCCAGCAUCUACAGAUGCUACUGACACCGCCACAGCCACUACAGCCAGUCCUACCACACCGGUCUCCACAGCCGCUGCUGCCACUUCCACAGGUACGCAGACUGGCACUACCACAGCUGCGCUCACCACAUCUGCCGUAGACAAUACCACACCUACAGCCACAGCAACCUCAGCUCUCCUGUCCGCCACAUCUGUCACCUCAAUCACAGCUGUUAGUUCUUCAUCGGCAGCCCCCACACCUGCUACCACUACAGCUGCAACCACAACGGCCCCCUACACCACUUUAGCUGAUGCGCCCAGCACACCUGUUGUCAAAGAGGUCACCUCUGACACCCCCACGACUCCAAUACCCACCACCAUAGUUGAUUCCUCCACAUUUGACGACACUACCCCUCUUGACACGACCAACACUGACUUCACAGCUGAUGACACUUCAACACCUAGUGAUACCACAUUUGAUGAGAGUGAUGCCACCACUGAGGGUGACACAGAGUCACCCACAUCAGAUGCUUCUACAGAUGAAAUUUAG